CACCCCUGCUGGGCUGGCACAAAGCUAAUUCUCCAGCAGCACACACCGACACACACACCCCGGGUCACCUGCUGCCAGCCACACCGAGCCGAGUCAACGGUCCAGGGGCGGAGGACGAGUAUAUCAAAGAUACCAGACUUUCCGCGAAGCCGUCUGGUUGUUUAUUCCAACAGCAAGAACAAGCAGCAGCGUUAGCCGGCUAGGCUAGCAGGAAGAGCUAACGACAGUUGGCUAAAAGUGCUUCUCCGCUCUCACUGCAUGCUGGAGGACUCUACAGAUCCAGCGAUGUGAGCUGCUCUCAUGUGCACAUCUCCAAAUCCUCACAGUGCCUGGGUAAGACAGCCACCACCCUGGUCCAGAGGACAGUACUGACACUAACAGGCCUGCAGCUGAUUCAGCUGAGCAGGUGUAUGUUGGUCUGGAUUGUAGCAUAACUCCCCCCCUGAGCAGCCUCCUCCUCUGCACUCCCCCCUCACCCUUGGAUUACUAUGCCUCUGGGAUUGGGAAGAAGGAAGAAGGCUUCCCCACUGGUGGAGAAUGAGGAAGCGGAGCCCAUCCGCGCAGGUCUCAAUGUGGCGGGCCUGGAAGGCCUGGAUGGAGGUGUGGUCGGGGUGGGAGAAGGUGCUACCUCUGAGGGUCUGCCCCCACCACCCAACAGCAUGCGACCUCGCCUCAUCUUCCACACCCAGCUCGCUCAUGGCAGCCCCACGGGUCGCAUCGAGGGCUUCAGCAACGUGCGGGAGCUGUACGCCAAGAUCGGCGAGGCUUUUGGGAUACCUCCGGCAGAGGUUAUGUUUUGUACACUGAACACACACAAGGUGGACAUGGAUAAACUGUUGGGAGGUCAAAUCGGGCUGGAGGACUUUAUUUUUGCUCACAUCAAAGGCCAGAAAAAAGAAAUAGAAGUAUACAAAGGGGAGGAUGCACUUGGUUUGACGAUUACCGAUAAUGGAGCCGGCUACGCUUUCAUCAAGAGGAUCCGUGAGGGGAGCGUCAUCCAUCAGAUCCAGGUCAUCAAUGUGGGGGACAUGAUCGAGUCCAUUAACGGCCACCGCCUCAUUGGCUGUCGACACUAUGAAGUCGCCAAGAUGCUGAAGGAGCUGCCCAAGGGGAAGGAUUUCACCAUCAAGCUGGUGGAGCCUCUGAAAGCUUUUGACAUGAUCAGUCAGAGGUCCGGAGGGUCUCGGUCGGCAUCGGGGAUUCAGCUGGGCACCGGCAGGGGAACCCUCCGGCUGCGCUCCAAAGGUCCCGCCACCGUGGAGGAAGUGCCCUCUGCGUUUGAGGAAAAGGCCAUUGAGAAGGUGGACGACCUGCUGGAGAGCUACAUGGGCAUCAGAGACAGUGAGCUUGCUGCUACCAUGGUGGAGUUGGGAAAGGACAAAAAGAACCCCGACGAGUUCGCCGAGGCUCUAGACGAAACGUUGGGAGACUUCGCCUUCCCCGACGAGUUUGUUUUUGACGUCUGGGGUGCCAUCGGCGACGCAAAGGUCGGGCGGGUGUAACCGCAUAAACUAAAGGCGAAGAGCGACCCGUCCGGUCGUCACGCCCACCCCGUUCAGCACUACUAGGAAAACACAACACUACCAUCAUGCAUUUGUUUUUUUUUUUCUUCUUUUUUUCUGCCUGUGUAAUUCUCAUUCUAUUUUCGUGAGUUCGUACCCUUGUGGGAGACUCGGCCUUGACAAAGAGGAUUAUCCACUUAAUUGAAGAGGAAGGUGACUGUGAUGACUUCCCAAGUGCUUUUAUUUGUCUUCCAGCUUUUUCCAGGAACUACGAACACGCUGACGUGCUUUUUUUUCUCCCCCCCCCUCCUCUGACCGCAUCACACCGACCCGCAUGUUGUUGUUGUUGUAGUCGCUGGCAGCGGAAUGGAAACCAAACGGGAGACGUUUAAUACUACUGCUAACACAGAGUAGAUCUUUGGCAUUUCGCGCGACGAGCGGUUUCUCCCCCUCCACACUGCACCGCGUUGCGCCGUCAACCAACAGAAGUGAACGGAGAUUGCACUGGAUCUCACCCGGUGAGCAGCUCGGUUAUUGCACAGUACAGAGCGGCGACCUCCCUGCAGUUCAGUGUCGUCCUGAACCACUUGAUGUUACUGUGAUGGGUCAUUUGUACAAGCAUGUGCUGUUACAUUUUUAUCUCCAUAUUGAAUUCUGCUGGGGUAUUAUUAUUUUUUUUUUUAGUUUAUUUUAGUUACGAUUAAGAGAGAAGUGGUGUUUCCUGAAGGAUCAUCGUAAACUGUAGCUCUUGACUAAAAAGAUCAGUGUAGGUUGUUCACUGUUAACGCUCCAUGCUGUGGCAGACAGAAGCACAUUCCUGUUUCAUACAUUCGACAGUGUUAAAGGAAAUCAGUGUUACUUUUAUGGGACGGUGUUAUGAGAGUGAAAAGCAGAUUCCUUCCCAGGUUUGUGGAUCGUGUUGACUCGUUAUUUUUUUAUAGUUAGUGCUUUUAUAUGAGGUGAUGUGACGUCUAUUUUCAAAACAAUGUUCGUAUAACAGACGAAUAAUUUACCUGUGUUGCAACUACUUUAUUACGGAGAGCAGUAUUAAAGAGGGACAAGUCAUGAGAUGGAGUGAUUCUGUUAAAAACAAAAAAAAAAGAGGAAAGGAUCUGUUUGAGAGAACAUGCCUUCAUUUGUUUUUAUUUGUACAUUUUCUACUUUUUGUUUUGAGGUCUACGUUCUCGUGCGUGUUGUUGAACUUCCAAGUCUUUGGAGCGGAUUGAAACCAAAUGACUGUCAUCAUGCUUGUGUUGAUCAUGGAACGGAAUAAAAGGUGGAAAAUGUU